GGCGUGCUGACGAAGACGAUAUCCUCGUCAGCACUCAGCAGCCUCGAUGUCCAUUGUACAGGCCAGAGCCGAUGGCUUGCAUUCGUUUGGCAAUAAUGUAUACAUACAAAGCUAUGCAACUUACAUAAUGGUACAACACCCCUUGGGUGCCGGCGACUGCUUUUUCAUGUCGGCAGGUUUUUUCGACUUGGCCGAGGGGGGCACACGGUCGGACACAACCCGAGUCACGCCAUCGUCUACUUCUGGCUUCACUUCGAACACCGGUGCCACAGGUGGUUUGACGACGUCCUCGACGACUUGACGCGGUGAGGCAACUGCUGGCGUGGAGAUGACAACUUCGACUUCCGGCACAGGCGGCAGGGGCGUCACAAUUGUAGGGACUGCUGACGAGCCAAACCCUCGUGGAGCCGGCGUGGAUUGCUGCGGCCGAGCAGGGGACGACCCCAUUCCCCGUACAGCAGAGUCUGCUUUUGCAUCAGGAGUGGACGCAUUCUUCGCUAUGACGGCAGGUGGGGCCUGCACCAGGGAAGAUGCGACAGGUAUGGUUGGCGGAGCCACCCACAGUUUGGCCUUGAGAUCAUCGCUAGACGACGUGCGGACAAUUGAACCCUUGCUAGCUGGAGGGGGAAUGUCUGUGGCGAUCAUGGUUCGUGUGGGGAGGACAGUCGGCACGGCGCUUUCAUCAGGUACGUAAGUUGCCCCGCCCUUUUGAAUCCAGAGCCCCGAGUCGGUAGCAGGGGCCGCCGCCAGGGCCACAGGAGCAGCAGCAGCCUUGACAGUGGUGUUUUGGUUAGGAGAAAACGCACGCCGGUUGGUGCUAUCGUCCUUGCUGGCACGACUGAUAGUCGCAUCGCCAGUCAUGCCAGGCAGCGCGACACCAAGCGGUUUCGUAGGGGCAGUAACAACUGGGGGCUGAACAACGGGCGUCGCCUUGGGCGAUAUCACCCAUAGCUGGGCCUUGAGGUCGUCGCUCGAUGUGUUCCGAACGAUCGGCUGCUGGGGUCGAGGUGGUGGCACGACGUCGGUUGCAAUCGGAUGCCUUGUUGUCAACACGGUCCGUUCCGCGUUCGGGUCUGCCACGUAAGCGGCUCCGCCCUUUUGGAGCCACAGUCCAUUGCUCGCUUUUUCUCUCUGCGGUGCAACGGGGGGUGGGGACGGAAGGUCUCCCAUGGAGAAGCGCGACGCAAAAUCUGCGACGAUAUCGGGAGUCAUCGACUCGAGCACGCCGUCCUCGUCGGUUGUGUGGUCAAAAUCGUCAUGGUCUUUGUCGUCGUGCUCAGCGUGAACGUAGUCGUCCUGAACAUCAUCAUUUUCAUGAACAAAGUCUUCAGAUUCCCGGCAGUCUUCGGACGGACGGUACACACCCUCGUGGUUGUAGUCCGAGUCACUGCAGCCAUCGUCGAGGUGUCCGUCGUCGUCUGCAUGGCCGUCGUCUUCAUCGUUUGAGUGCAGCUCCCCCGUGUCCAUGUCGACGGAUUCCAUGAUAGCUUCGCCCACUGUCUUCAAAGGGAUAGCCGACACGACUUGUUUGGCAGCAUCGAGGAAUUGCCCACGGUUCUCGUACGCAGUUGCGACUUUCUGAGACGCGACGGCCGUCGCUUCUUUCGCCAUGCCGACGGAAGCAUGGUACGUAUCUGCAACUUUGUUGGCGACGGCCGCAGUCGACACGUACUUGUCCAAGAACGCCGAGAGUGGUUUGUCUUGAGAACUCGUCGGGGGCGUGUGGCGCAACGGCAUGCCAGCACCGCCAUAUUGCGGAUGCGCAUGAGCUUCCGACAACUGUCGACGGUGGAGUGUAAUGUCGACGGUGGGACGACCCAUGACCUGGCAGACAGCGUCGUACCAUCCCUGGAGGUCGGCAGAGGAGGACGCGCGGACGUUCACGAUGCGGCCGCUGUCGAGAUGGAAUUGGAGACCCUGUUCCGUCACGGUCACGUCCGACACCCGCCCGCCGCCUUUUUGGUUGCCGUCGAUCUUGUCGAAGUACGCCACAUCCAGGUCUCUUAAGACAAAAUACCGCGUUUUCCACGACUUGACCAUUUCUCCUUCCUUUUCAAGCCACCCGACGUACGUUGGUCGGUUCUGCAUCACUUGCUGCUGCUGCUGUUGGCGGUAUUGUUGUUGGUACGUGUCUCUCGUGGACGAUGUUUGGGACCGCAGCGUGUACGGAUUUUGCCUUUGCGGCUGGGGUUGCUGCGGGUAUUGCUGGGGUGGUGAUCGCAGAUUGUCGUUGGAGCCGCGGUAUUCGUACGUACUUGGCGACGCUCCACCCACACUGGAUUGCUCAGAUCGCGUACUGCUUGAUCGAUAUUCGCCCGCGGCAGCUGCCGCUGGCGCAGACAGGCGACUUCGGUACGUCGCGACGGCGUUCUCCAUCGCGUUUUUGCACAUGACGAAUUCUCCCACGGUUUUCGUCGUAAUGUUCAUGGCUUUGCCUUCGUUGCUCAUCAAGAUCAUGCAAUUGUCAUGCGAUUUGUUGGGUUGGACGCCGGCAAGGACAAACGAUCCUUUUUCCUUGGCGCGCGGGUUUGACACGUCUUUGUCAUAGUACGAGAUGUUCUGUCCCGAGAGCACCAAGAACCGCUUCUUCCACGACGGGACGACGCUUCCCUGCUUCUGGAUCCACCCUCGCCAUUCAUUCACGCUGGAAUCUUUCUGCAUUGUUGCCGCGCCCGCCCUUCGUCCAACUCGAUUGAUGUUGUGUGACUUGCG